AUGCCUGGCAAAACAGCUUCACCUCCCCGGAUCACCAAAUUCACCAACUGCCGAAUAGUGAAGGGCAAGGAACUCAUCGAACAGGAUCUCUGGAUUGACUCUCUCUCCGGAAAGAUCCUCAAGGAUCAAGAGGCUUUCUAUGGCCUGCACCUUUCGCCCGAUGAGGUCAUCGAUUUAGGCGGCCGGAUCCUCGCUCCUGGUCUUAUCGACGUUCAACUAAACGGCGCGCAGGGCUUUGAUUUCUCCGUCCCUCAACCUUCCCGGGAGGAAUAUGAUGAAGGGUUGCGCUUAGUCAACAAGGGUCUGGCUCGAACUGGUGUCACCUCAUAUCUCCCAACGCUCGUGAGCUCGACCGCGGAGGUUUAUCACAAGGUCUUGCCAUCCUUGGGACCAUCAGCAGGUCAUCAUCGCCCAGAAGAUGGUGCUGAAUCUCUAGGCGCCCACGUUGAAGGUCCAUUUAUCAGCUCCGGCCGCAAUGGCAUUCAUAAAACCGACGUUCUCAGGGCCGCCAACACCUUCGAAGAUUUGGUAGAGUGCUAUGGCAAUGAAAAUCUCUUGGGUGCAUCAAAGCCUAUCAGGAUGAUCACUGCCGCCCCGGAAGUGGGCAACAUGACGGCUAACAUCUCCGCCCUCGCGAACAGCGGUAUUGUUUACUCAAUUGGGCAUUCGGAUGCUACCUACGAGCAAGCUCUGGCAGCCACAGAGCAGGGCGCUACCAUGAUCACACACCUUUUCAAUGCUAUGCGACCCUUUAACCAUCGUAACCCAGGUGUUUUCGGACUGAUGGGCCAGAGCGAGCGCCGUCGGCCUUUUUACGGCGUGAUUGCGGACGGCAUUCAUCUGCACGCAACAUCCAUCAAGAUUGCCUACAAUGCCCACCCCGAUGGACUUAUCCUUGUCACCGAUGCGAUGAAAUUGUGCGGGCUUCCCGAUGGUGUCUACGAAUGGACCAACGGCGAGCGCAUCAUCAAAACUGGCGCGCGUUUGACCCUCGAAGGCUCCGACAAGAUCGCCGGCAGUUCUGCCACCCUCAUUGAGUGCGUCAACAAUUUCCGUCGCUGGUCACGUGCCUCCACUGCCGAAGCCCUGAAUGCAGUUACUGCAACCCCGGCCCGCAUGCUUGGUCUGCAGGGCAUCAAGGGGACACUGGAGAGCGGUGCCGAUGCCGACCUGAUUGUGCUGGACGAUAUCCUCGAUCCCUACUCGGGGCCCACCUUGACAAUUGAUCAGGUGUGGAAGCUGGGGGUAAAAAUUCAUGAUACGGAGAAAGGCACUGCGGCCUCUGCUUCCAACGGUGCGAACGCUUCUACCCCUACGCCAUGA